AUGUCAACAUUUCUGAAAACGGCAAUAAAUACAAAAUAUCAAGGCUUACCUCUGCUAAGUGAUGUUUCUAUUCCAUCAGAAGAAUGGAUAAGAUUGAAUUUUGCACCAUCUAAUGCAUGUACUACCAAAGCCAUGCAGUAUACUGGGCAUUUUAAUUAUGAAUGCGAAUUUAACAUCAAAUAUCAAGAUUAUGCAUGUUUUAUCUCGGCAGAUGAUAAGCACAAAGUGCCUAUUAGUGAGGAUGUACCAGUAUCUACAGGCGUUCGCAAUAAAAAGACUUUGGCACCAGCUGAAGGAGAAAUUACAGCAGCCGAUCACGACUUUACUAAGUUGUCAUUAACACCAUCUAUUACUUUAUUCAUUAACAUUCCAAAUGAUAUAUCUGAAUCUUUCUAUGAUGAAAAAGUAUAUGCCUGCUUUAAAGAUGCCAUUUUUCAACCAAGUAGUACAUUAAGGCAUUCAACAGAAUUUUUUAACCUGAUGAAUCGUCAGUAUCCAAUACAAUUUUUACCCUCAAUAUUGUCACUCUAUACUGAUGGAGAUCCCGAUCACAGAUGCACCUUUGGAUCAGUUCAAGUAGCUUUAAUAUGUUUAUUUUUAGCAGGUGUUGCUAUAGAAAGAGAAAAAAUGCCUGAGGAAUUUGAAGACGAAUUUGAGGCUUUAAGGACAUUAGAAGAUAUACGCGAAAAAGCAAAAGAUAAUCCAUGCUUAAAGAUCAAAAAAUGUAAUCAAACUUUCUGUAAAGUUUGUUAUCGAAUUAGAAUGCCAACAGAUAUCUUUCAAAACUUACAUUUUUUACCUGAUCCAAUACCAUCACGAGAUAAUCCAGAUCACUACGAAACAUUUGCAAAUUUAUAUAGCAAACCCACAACAGAAAAAUUUCGUUCUUCUUUAAUCAAUUUAGAAUCUAAAGCUGAAUUGGUGCCAAGUAAUAUUCUCAUUUCUGCUAAAAUCAGAGAAUAUAUAAAAUGUAAUUCUUGUAGAAAAAUACGAUGCCUUUAUAGUAAUUCCCAUUUAAUAGAACAACAAAAACAAGAUUUAAAAUUGGUGUUACAAACUUAUACAUAUACGUGUGGAUCACUAAUUUUUUCAGAUGAUCAUAAUUUGGCUCAAGAGAUUUUUGUUAGAGUUCAAAUUUCUUGUGAUUCCCCUAUUGAAUUGCUUUAUUAUUCUUCAAAAAAAAUAGGAAAUAUUCCAAUCUGCUAUUGGUGUGGUGCAAAUAGUGAUUUUAAAAUUGUGCCUUAA